UUACGGAAGCUUCCGGUUCUGGGUCGCCGUUUUUGUCUCUUCUUCCCUUGCCUUCAAAUCGAAGUUAUAUGAUCGAACCGAGCAAUUAGGAACUGGAAAUCUCAACUGGAUCACCGCUCAAAUUAGCUUUCUUCAAUUGUGGUUCAGCCAUGUCUUCUCCUGCCGAAUGGUAUCAGUCGCUGCCACCCAUAAGCAAGGCUUAUGGUACCCUCUGUGUAAUUGCAACGACAGCCUUUCAACUGGGGCUUUAUGAUUGGAAAAGUAUUGCAUUAGUGCAUAGACUAGUAUUCUCACAUUUGCAGGUUUGGAGGUUGUUUACAAACUUCUUUUUCCUUGGAAGCUUCUCUGUCAACUUUGGAAUCCGCCUUCUGAUGAUAGCAAGAUAUGGAGUUCAACUUGAAAAGGGACCAUUUGAUCGACGAACAGCAGAUUUCUUAUGGAUGAUGAUAUUUGGAGCCACGACAUUAUUGGUUUUAUCUGCUAUCCCUAUAUUUUAUUCUCCUUUCUUGGGGAUAUCUCUCGUGUUCAUGCUUGUUUAUGUCUGGAGUAGAGAAUUUCCAAAUGCCAACGUCAACAUAUAUGGUCUCGUGCAACUUAAGGCGUUUUAUCUUCCCUGGGCAAUGCUUGCUUUGGACGUCAUCUUUGGUUCCCCAAUUAUGCCAGAUCUGCUGGGAAUCAUUGCCGGACAUCUAUUUUACUUCUUGACUGUGUUGCAUCCAUUGGCAGGUGGAAAGAACAUAUUACAGACUCCAAGAUGGGUACGUAAAAUAGUCGCAAGAUGGAGGAUAGGAGCUCCUCCACCAACUAGCAGAACCCAACCACCUCCCCCAGCUGCUGCUGGUGUGUCUUUCAGAGGGAGGUCUUAUCGACUUAGUGAGUGAUUGUGAUCUGCAAAGGGGAUGAGAUUUUUCCAAUCAUUUCAACUUUCUCACUUUUGUGGAGGCCGAAACUAACAAGCAGAAAGGAAGCAAUUUAAUCAUAGGGCCCUAAUUGUUGCAAAUGUAGAAACAAAUUCCUUCCCCAUUGAGGAUACAUUUUCGUAGUUUGUUGAACUCAUGAAGUUGUGUGUAAGUUACUAUGAAUGCCAAUGAUGCAGAGAAAUUUUUUUACUAAUUUUUCGUUCUUGGUGCACCAUAUGUUUGAAUUUAAA